CACAAACUAAAGGUAGCAUAGUUGGGCAGACUUUUUUUCUUACAUGACUCGUUAUCGAGUGAAUAAUUUAUGUGUCAGCUUAUUGAGCCAACAUUUAAUACUCUUUCUGAGAGCCUGCAGAUGCUGUAUUUUAAUAAGAUGGACAGUCUUUGUUUUUCUAUUCUUCUUUGAUUGACCUUAAUCAAUUGGAUCAUGAAAGAUCGGCAUCUUCAGCACCACCAGCAGGAUCUUCCCUUUUUAAAUUUGUUCAGUGUUGACUUGAUUUGUAUAGAUACACAUUAUUUCCUCAUUUACACACUUUUAUUCAUAUCUUUUCUCAUACAUUUCGAUCAACCCUGCAACAGACCUCCUUCAAAUCCUGCAAGAGCUUCAGUUGCUGGCCGCACUAUCCACAGUUGCCGCCACCGAGCACGCAAACGCGGGCCCGCAUAGUAAACUUUUCGUCUGUUCUGUCGGCUACUGUCAAGCAGUAAAGCCGCACGUGCACGCGCCGUUUGUGUAUUUUUGUCUAGUAUAUUGAUUGAGGUUACAGAUUUACUGUCGUGCUUUUCAUAUUAUUUAGAUUUUAUUAUCGUAAAAAAAUGUCGAGCGACAACGCUUCAAUUUCGAUGGAAGUGGUGGACCAGGCAAUCGACGACCAGCCCAAAAGUGAAAACGUUGACAAAACAUCGAAUGAAGAGCAAUCCAAAAGUAACAAUGUCGCACUCGAAACCGACCAAAAAGACCUUUAUGCCUACCUCGAUCACGACUUCACAACGGAGAGAUUCAAACUCGAGGUCAGAGGCUUGCCGAAAUUUUACGGCUUUGGUGAGUUUAGGAAAUUUUUGAAUGAAAAACUGCAGCUGGAUGCGAGCAAAAUCAAGCCACCGAAAAGAGGUAGCGGAUGGGCCUACAUUUGUUUUCGCAGUGAAAAAAGUCGCGAUGACGCUAUAAAAGCUCUUCACGGGGUUGAAUGGAAGAAAGCCAAACUGUCGGCUCAGGUGGCAAAACCUGCUCCAGAUCCAUUCAUUAAAAGAAAAAUGGAAAGAAAGAAUGCCAAACCUACUCCAGAAGAUCCUACAGUCGAUAUGUCUCCUGAGACCAGGGUACGGCUCAGUACCACUCCACUGUAUGAUAUGCCUUAUGCGGAUCAGUUGAAAAGUAAGCAGAAAGAAAUAGGAAGUAUUGUGAAAACAAUGUGUCAGCAAAUUUUAAAUGUUAAUGAGGAUCUGAAAGGCUGGUUUGACAAACAACGAAAGCGACAUGAAGGUUUUCCAUGUGAAUUAGGUGAAAUUGUUCAUUCUAACACCACAGAUGGUUACAGAAAUAAAUGUGAAUUCACCAUAGGAAUGGAUGUCACUGGAACUAAAAAAAUGAUUGGGUUUAGGUUGGCUAGUUAUGCUUCUGGAUCAGUUGCUAUAGGGCCAAUUGAUGAAUUACGUCACAUCCCUCAAAAAAUGAAAACUGCCAUAAAAAUUUUAGAAAAAUUUAUCUGUGAUUCCGAUUUAGCAGUUUUUGACCCAACAACUCAUCAAGGAUAUUGGAAAUUAGUCACUGCUAGAACUACUAGACUUGAUCAUUUAAUGUUAAUUAUUGGAAUUAAUCCUCAGUCAAUGACUGAAGAAGAUUUAAAAAAUCUGCAAAAAAAAUUGAAAGAAUUUUUUGAGGAACCAUGCAAUGCUGAAGUUGGAGUCACAUCUUUGUACUUCCAAACUAUUGUAAAAAAGGAAGCUGGUGGAAAAGGAGGAGGUGAAAUAGUUCAUUUAAGUGGUAGUCGUUACAUAGAAGAACAGUUACUUGGAAUGACUUUCAGAAUAUCUCCUGAAGCUUUUUUCCAAGUCAAUACUUUGGCUGCUGAAGAAUUGUAUAAAACAGCUAUUGAAUUGGCUAAACCAUUAGAAAAUACAGCUUUGCUCGAUGUUUGUUGUGGAACAGGAACAAUAGGAUUAUCUUUUGCAAAACACUGUGAUGAAGUAUUUGGUAUAGAAAUGAUUCCAACUGCGAUACAUGAUGCUAAAGUCAAUGCCACUCAAAAUACCAUCAAUAACAGUGAAUUUUUUAUUGGUAAAGCAGAAGAUUUGCUAAUACCAGUGAUUAAUCGAACAACACAGCCAAACAUAGUUGCAAUAGUUGAUCCACCAAGAGCUGGAUUGCAUCAAAGAGCUUUGAUUGCACUCAGAAAAGCAAAAAAACUGAAUAAAUUAGUAUACAUAUCAUGUGACCCUAAGGCAGCUAUAAAAAAUUUAGUAGAUUUAGCCAGACCAAAUUCAAAACAAUAUCAUGGAGAUCCAUUAGUACCUGUAAAAGCUGUCCCUGUGGACAUGUUUCCGCAUACAAAACAUUGCGAACUAAUCAUUUAUCUUGAAAGGUUUUCUUUGAUUCAAAAGAGAGAACAAGAAAAAGUAGAGGUACAAGUGAAUAAUAUUGAAGAGGAAAAAGAGAAAGUAGAAGAAGAAAUAAUGGAUUUAGAAAAUCAAAAAUUAGUAGAAAAAUUAUGGGAAAAAGUAAGUAAUAUAGAAAAAGAAACAAACAAAUUGGAAGAAAAGGCAAAUAAUGUUGAAAACGAAGUAGAUACAUUUUUUAAAGAACAAAACAAAAUUGUUGAAAAAGCAAAAAUUAUAGAAGAAGGACAAGUAAUUGAUUUAGUAAAAGAAAGUGAAAAAUUUUCAGAAAAAACAAAAGAUAUGCGAAAUCAAGUAGAAAAAUACAAAGAAGAAUUAAACGUUCUUAGAAAAGAGGCGUUAGAGCUCAUGGAGCAGGUGAAGAAAAAACGAAGAAUAGAGUGAAUUUGAAUAGAAUCCAUUAUAAAAAUAUUUAAUUACUCAAAUAUUCGAGUAGUAUUAGGAAAUCAAAAAUGUACCGUUGUAAGUAAACAUUAGAUGAAAUCAUAUUUUUCAUUUUGUUUUUAUACC